AAUGAACAAGAAAAGUAGCUCGUUUGAAUAUCAAUAAACCUGACUACGCAAAUCAGUAGCGCUUGGUUCUCAGUAAAACACGGGUCGGUGAUGCUCGCGCGUUUGGGUGUUGGCACACGGAAGGAUGUUAGAGGCAGACGAUCCGCCAAUGAUAGCCUCAUGGGUGGGAUUUACUCAAGGUUGAAGGGGUAGUAUUUUAUUGUAAAGUAGUUCUAGUGAGAAUAGAAUAAACCCUAAAAAAGAAGUAAGAAUAGAAAGUCAACUGCCAGCUGUCCGCCGGCUUUUUGUUUAUUUUUCGUCUAGCGCGAAGCUGUCAGUUCUGAGGUCGCAGAGUGAAUUUUGGGAUCCUUUGGUUACCAGGUCAUUGGCCCUACAGUGAAGAGCUUGUGUGUGUGUGUGUGUGUGUGUGUGUGUGUGUGUGUGUGUGUGUGUGUGUGUGUGUGUGUGUGUCUGACUGCUUAAAGAAAUCAACAUGGUCCUUGCCCACCUAAAAGGCUUUGGAAAGCAGCUUCUGCGAGUGAAGGUGGUCGACUGCAGCACUGAAGAGUCUCGUCUUUCCCGAUGCCUCAACACCUUUGACCUGGUGGCACUGGGAGUGGGCAGCACAUUGGGUGCUGGCGUCUAUGUGCUGGCCGGGGCCGUGGCGCGGCAAAAUGCUGGUCCGGCUAUCGUCCUCUCAUUUCUGAUUGCAGCGUUAGCCUCAGUGAUGGCUGGACUGUGUUACGCUGAGUUUGGAGCACGUGUACCCAGGACGGGCUCUGCGUAUCUGUACAGCUACGUGACGGUGGGCGAGCUUUGGGCCUUCAUCACCGGCUGGAACCUCAUCCUGUCUUAUAUCAUAGGAACAUCCAGUGUUGCUCGGGCCUGGAGUGCAACCUUUGAUGAGCUCAUUGGCAAACAUAUCGAGAAUUUCUGCAGGUUACACAUGAGUAUAAAGGCCCCUGGAGUGUUAGCAGAGUAUCCUGACAUGUUUGCUGUGCUCAUCAUCCUCACACUGACAGCUUUGUUGGCGUUUGGGGUGAAGGAGUCCGCUAUGGUCAAUAAAGUGUUCACCUGUGUUAAUGUUCUGGUCCUGAUGUUUGUGGUCGUGUCGGGCCUGAUCAAAGGAACCCUCAAAAACUGGAGCCUGGAUCCUAAGGAAAUCCUCAACCAAACAUCCUAUGAGAAUAUGUCAGAGCUGUUGCCGUCUGAAGAGAGUUUGGGUGUUGGUGGUUUCAUGCCGUUCGGUUUCUCUGGAGUUCUGUCUGGUGCUGCUACCUGUUUCUAUGCUUUUGUUGGGUUUGACUGUAUCGCCACAACAGGUGAGGAGGUGAAGAAUCCUCAGAGGGCGAUACCCAUUGGCAUUGUAGCAUCUCUUCUCAUCUGUUUCGUCGCUUACUUCGGCGUAUCAGCCGCCCUCACGAUGAUGAUGCCGUACUACAUGCUGGAUAAGAACAGCCCACUUCCAGUGGCCUUCAAAUACGUGGGCUGGGAAGGGGCGACGUAUGCAGUAGCCGUUGGUUCCCUUUGUGCUUUGUCCACCAGUCUGUUGGGCUCCAUGUUCCCAAUGCCCCGUGUAAUAUGGGCCAUGGCUGAAGACGGGCUGCUCUUCAAGUUCUUGGCCAACAUCAAUGAAAAAUCCAAAACGCCCAUAAUGGCCACUGUAACCUCGGGCAUAGUGGCAGCGGUGAUGGCGUUCCUGUUUGAUCUGAAAGAUCUGGUUGAUCUCAUGUCUAUUGGCACUCUGCUGGCUUACACACUAGUUGCGGCCUGUGUCUUAGUCUUGAGGUACCAGCCAGAGCAGCCCAGUGUGAAUGUCCAGUAUCAGAGAGCCAGCUGUCAGGAGGAAACCGAGGCCGACUCCAUCAACGAGAGCAGUGCUGGUUUCCUGCCUGGAUCUCAAGAUCUCUGCACCCUCGGCAACAUUCUGUCCCCCAAAAACGAGGAGCCCUCUCGUCUCUCUGGCUUCACCGUCAACAUCUGCACCAGUGUAUUAGGUGUUCUGGUGUGUGUGUUCUGUGUCGUGGCGGUUCAGGGUGGAUUUCAGAUCUGGGCCUUUGCGGUUCUUGCCGGUCUGGCUGUGGUUUGUUUCUUCAUCACCAUGUUAAUAUGGCGGCAGCCUGAGAGCAAGACAAAACUGUCUUUUAAGGUUCCUCUGCUGCCGUUCCUUCCUGUCCUUAGCAUGUUCAUUAACGUGUACCUGAUGAUGCAGCUGGGCGCAGGCACCUGGAUGCGCUUUGCAAUUUGGAUGGCCAUAGGUUUUGUUAUUUAUUUUGGCUAUGGGAUCUGGCACAGCACAGAGGCGGCCUUGGCCAGUAACGACACAGAAGACAUCAACACCUUCAAACCGACAAUGGCAAACGAACCAGCCACAUCUGAGAAAGAGGCUUUCUUGAGCAACGGUAUUAAUUUCAGAGCAGAGGAGAGCAGUGACCCUUGAGAAAACACUUGAAAUACCCUGUUACGGAUGGCAUUAUGUGCUCACUUUUUACCGCUGUAUGUGACUUACAACAACUGAAACGUCCAAACCGAGAGCUGCUAUUGAUGUUCAAGACAAUGUCCUUUGUGUUACUGUAGGUCCGGAGCACCUUUUAAGCAGCAUUACAACAUGUGGCUAUUAUUAUUUACCAGAUGAAUUGCCUGUUAUUCAGGUAAAACGUGAAGGAGAGAAUUAGUGAUUAUUAUGUGUGCAUAAAGAUGUACACUGCAUUAUUGGAACAGGCGGUUCUUCCUUUGUCGAAUUGGUUUAUUUUGUCUAUUUAUUUUUGUAGCAUGUUGCUGUCAUUGCUUGAUAAAAAUUAUUUUGAGCAAUACACAUUGCAUUUUUACCCAUAAUUCCCUCUGUGGUGUGCGUUUUGUGUGUAGAAUUCUAGGGAUGCACCGAUUUACUGAUGUCCAGUCGUUCAGAAAGGUAUCUGCUGAUUAAACCGCUUCAAAAGAAAUAUUCGUUUUACUCUCUAUGACGUUUCAAAUAUUUAUUUAGCUGACACACGGUGCUUUAAUUCAAUUUUCUCAAUAUGAGAAGGUUAUUCAUGCUGCAAAUUACAGUUAUGCUGUUAAGUCAGAGACUUUUUUUUCUUUUUCUUUGAUUGGUCUGUAACUGUCCAGUGCCUUUUCUCACCCUUUUUGAUUGACAGUGCUAAUGUCUCCUCGCACUGACAAUGACUUUUAGUGGCUGAUACUAGUGCCACCUCACAGACUUUGAAGCAGUUGCCAAACAUUUGGGAUGGGAGAAAAAAACUGCAAAUAAAGUCUUGGAUCUGGGAAAAUCUCUGUUCAGAGGGAUUCUUGUUUGGUCAGCUUCCUUUCCAUUCAGCUCUUGUGUGCAUGCUGAUUCUCUGUUAGCUGUUUUACAUUUGCAUCUGGUGUUGGGCUAAAUAUUUUUGUACAGUAUUUUUGGACUUUUGUGUGUUGUACUUUUAUUGUCCAAAUUUUAGUCUGUUUGUAUAAAAGCAUAAAGCCAAAGAAUUCAUUAUGAUUUGAAACUGCAUUAUUUUAUUGACAUUUUGCAUUAAAAAAAAAAAAACCUUAACAGAACUUUUAGAAACACUGACACUUUAUUACGUCACAGUACAUUUUCUAUGUUGUAUUAAAUGUAAAUUUACUGUAAAUAUUU